UCGAUUCCCGGCCAUCGCAGGUUCUUCUUAUGUUGACAGGAGGAAGGAUUAUGAGGUCACCCACACAAACACAGUGUGAGUCACGUGAGCCACUCUAUGAGUCACGUGUCACUUUCAGAGGAAGAGAAAGUGAAACUAUUUUUUAACAUUCUUCAGACUCCAUUUUAACCGCAGAGCAGCAGGACAGCACGUGGCCCAGAAGACUCAACACCUUUACUAUUAGGAAGCAGAGGAACAUGCUGAAUGAAAGACAGAGACCUCCAAGAAGUCAGAGACUGAAUGAAGUCCAGAAGAUGAGCGGUCGUGUGGAGGAAGACGAGGACACAGCAGAGUCUCCAGGACCCAGCUGUCUGUCUGUGAAGUCUAAUGCAUCUAUGACCUUCCCUAUGCACUUCAGUAAUGAACCUGGAGCCUCAGACACAAAACUGAAUGAAGUCCAGAAGAUGAGCGUGUGUCGUGUGGAGGAAGACGAGGACACAGCAGAGUCUCCAGGACCCAGCUGUCUGUCUGUGAAGUCUGAUGCAUCUAUGACCUUCCCUAUGCACUUCAGUAAUGAACCUGGAGCCUCAGACACAAAAGACCAGUUUGCUGUUUCUGUGGACAAGCAGACGUCCCGCUGUAGUCUGUGUCAGGACGUCCUGAAGGAUCCAGUCUCCACCAGCUGUGGUCACUGGUUCUGCAGACAUUGCAUCUCCUCAUACAGGGACCAGUCUUGUCCACCAGAAGAUUCCUGCUGUCCCCAGUGUGGACAUGGACCACAGACACAGAAUGUUGGUCUGCAGGAGGUUCUAGAUGAACAUAAGAUCAGUCUGAGGAAGACAUUUGAACAUGUGGCUGAAGGAACUGAAGGAACAGGAAGUAGAACCCCCCUGAAAAAGAUCUUCACUGAGCUCUACAUCACAGAGGGACAGAGUGAAGAGGUCAAUACUCAACAUGAGGUGAUGCAGCUGGAGGCAAACUACAAGAAGUCGAUCGUCCAGGACACUCCCAUCAAGUGCUGCGACAUCUUUAAAUCCUUACCUAACCAGCAGUUGCGCAUCAGAGUCGUCCUGACCAACGGCGUCGCUGGUGUUGGAAAAACCUUCUCAGUGCAGAAGUUCACUCUGGACUGGGCCGAGGGUUUGAAAAACCAGGAUGUGAAUCUGCUGAUUGUGCUCUCGUUCAGGGAGAUGAACCUGAUCGGAGAUGAGCAGCACAGUCUUCUCACGCUGCUCCAUCUUUUCCAUCCAACAUUAGAGAAGGUCAGCGCAGAGAAGCUCACUGUCUGUAAACCUUUGUUCAUCCUUGACGGCCUGGAUGAAAGCAGACUCUCACUGGACUUCAACAGCAGGACACCGGUUUCUGACGUCACACACAGGUCAUCAGUCAACGUGCUGCUGACCAACCUCAUCAGGGGGAAUCUGCUUCCCUCGGCUCUCGUCUGGAUAACUUCUCGACCUGCAGCAGCCAAUCAGAUCCCUCCUACAUGUAUUGACAGGGUAACAGAAGUACGAGGCUUCACUGACGACCAGAAGGACGAGUACUUCAAGAAGAGAUUCGGAACUGAAGAUCUGUCCAGCAGAAUCAUCUCACACAUCAAGAUGUCCAGGAGUCUCCACAUCAUGUGUCAAAUCCCAGUCUUCUGCUGGAUCACUGCUGCAGUUCUGGAGCACAUGUUGACUACAGACCAGAGAGGAGAGCUGCCCAAGACCCUGACAGACCUGUACUCACACUUCCUGCUGGUUCAGACAAAGAGGAAGAAGAACAAGUACGAUAAAGGACGUGAGACGAGUCCACAGGAGCUGAUGGAGGCUGACAGAGAUGUUCUUCUGAAACUGGGGAGACUGGCCUUUGAACAUCUGAAGAAAGGAGACAUUAUGUUCUACCAAGAAGACCUGGAGCGGUGUGGUCUUGAUGUGAAAGAGGCCUCUGUGUACUCAGGAGUUUGUACAGAGAUCUUCAGAAGAGACAGCGUGAUCUUCCAGAAAUCAGUCUACUACUUUGUUCAUCUGAGCGUUCAGGAGUUUCUGGCUGCAGUCUACAUGUUCCACUGUUUCACCAACAGGAAGACAGAGGUACUGCAGGCCUUCCUGGGAGAAGAAUACUUAACUCAGAUCCCAAAACCUUUUUUAAAAACAAUCUCCUCAUAUUUGGGAUUCUCUGUUGAAAGAUCUCUGGAUGUGUUCCUGAAAGGAGCCAUGGAGAAAUCACUUCAAAGUGAAAAUGGUCACCUGGACCUGUUUGUUCGCUUCCUUCAUGGACUCUGUCUGGAGUCCAACCAGAGACUCUUAGGAGGUCUGCUGGGUCAGACUCAGAACAUUCCAACAAUCAUCCAGAGAGUCUCCAAGAACCUGAAGGAGAUGAACACAGACAACAUCUCACCUGACAGAAGCAUCAACAUCUUCCACUGUCUGACAGAGAUGAACGACCAAUCAGUGCAUCAGGAGAUCCAAGAGUUCAUGAAGUCAGAGGACAAAGGACAGGAACUCUCUGAGAUCCACUGCUCAGCUCUGGCCUACAUGCUGCAGAUGUCUGAGGAGGUUCUGGAUGAGUUGGACCUGAGCAAGUACAAAACAUCAGUCCAGGGAAAACACAGACUGAUUCCAGCUGUGAGGAACUGCAGGAAGGCUGGGUUGAGGGGCUGCAGUUUGUCAGAGAUCAGCCGUUCUUCUCUGGCCUCAGCUCUGAAGUCUGACCCCUCCCACCUGAGAGAACUGUACCUGAACGACAACAAUCUGCAGGAUUCAGGAGUGAAGCUGCUGUGUUCUGGACUGAUGAGUCCACACUGUAGACUGGAGACUCUGGGGUUGAAGAAGUGCAGUUUGUCAAAGAUCAGCUGUCCUUUUCUGGCCUCAGCUCUGAAGUCUAACCCCUCCCACCUGAGAGAUCUGUACCUGAACGACAACAAUCUGCAGGAUUCAGGAGUGAAGCUGCUGUGUUCUGGACUGGAGAGUCCACAUUGUAGACUGGAGUCUCUGUGGUUGGUGAAGUGCAGUUUGUCAAAGAUCAGCUGUUCUUCUCUGGCCUCAGCUCUGAAGUUCAACCCCUCCCACCUGAGAAAACUGGACCUGAGGGCGAACAAUCUUCAGGAUUCAGGAGUGAAGCCUCUGUCUGAUCUUAGGAUGAGUCCAGACUACAGUCUGAGGACUCUGAGGUGGAAGUGAAGAGGACAGUGUGUGUGUGUGUGUGUGUGUGUGUGUGUGUGUGCACUGUGACGCCGCUUCAUCAGAUCAGUGACAAAACUCCUCUGAAGGACACACCAAACACAAAGACUGUGAAAAUGACAUGUGUUUUAACAUCAUCAGUCCUAACCUGUCGUAAACCUGUGACGAGCUGUUUAACAUUUGACUUCUUCACAGUCAACAUGAACAUUUUACAUAUUCUUUCUUUCAUUCAUUCUGGGACAAAAGAUGUGACUUUGUCCAUUCAUGUGUGUGCUCUGUCAUUACAUGUGUCUUUAAUCCAAGGGUAUUCAUCUAGAUUAGAUUACUGUAACUCCUUAUUAUCAGGAUGUUCCAACAAGUCUUUUAGAACCCUUCAGUUCAUUCAAAGGAACUAGAGAGAGAGACCAUAUAACUCCAGUGUUAGCUUCUCUACACUGGCUCCCCGUACAGUUGAGAAUUAAAUUUAAAAUCCUCCUCCUCACGUACAAAGCACUUAAUGGUCAGGCCCCUUCAUACCUGAAAGAACUGGUUUUACCUUAUCACCCUAACAGACCACUUAGGUCACAAAAUACAGGUUUACUUGUGGUUCCCAGAGUCUGUAAGAGCAGAAUGGGAGGCGGAGCUUUCAGUUACCAGGCUCCUCCUCUCCUGUGGAACCAUUUUCCAAUGACAGUUUGGGAGGCGGACACUCUCUCUGUAUUUAAAGUUAGACUUAAAACUUUCCUUUUUGAUAAAGCUUAUACUUAGAGCUGGUUCAGGGAAACCUGGACCAUCUCUUAGUUCUGCUGCUAUAGACCUAGACUGCUGGGGGAUUUUCCUGCGGUGCACGCACACUCACUCUCUCACACUCAGGGUAUGAAUAUGAUCACCAUUAUUAUUAUAAUUAAAAGUCGAUAUUAGUAUAAUUUGUAUCAACACUCUCUGUUGCUGCUUUACAAAUUACAUUGUAUUGCUAUAAACUUGUCAGCAUUGACUGUAUAAACUUGUAACCUGAUACAGUUGUUGUGUAUCUGCUGUUGAUGAAUAUUUAUAUAUAUAUAUAUACAUAUAUACAUAUAUAUGUAUGAUAUAAAUAUACUUAACUCAUUUAGCAGUCACUCAUUGUUUGUAAUGGGAGAGUGAUUGUGUGAAAACAAAUAAACUAAAGUAUUUGGACGCCUGAUCAUUAAACCAACAAUAAAAUUGCUAUCAUUGCAUUUUUCACUUUUU